AUGUUUACCCAUUGGCGCAUAGCAGCCAUUUUGUGUCAAAAGUCUCAACCCUCUCUGCUCCACCAGGUGACCAGUCGCCUGUCAGCGGUGGACAGCCUCCCUAUGAGCCGGGUGCUAGGCUUCGGAGCCAAAUACCUGCAGGAUCACUUCUCUUCCUGGGCCAGACAGCAGGGUGGAUAUGUACGUACAUACAAAGAUAUAUCGCCUAUAGUACUGGAGGUCCACCUUCUUGCUCCUAUCUACAGCUGACAAAAAUAUAAGUGGUAUUUUGUGAGAUGUUGAGCAAUGAUCAAUACAGUUUUAAUUUCUCUCAACAGGAGGAAGCUUUUGUGAAUGAUGAUGAGGAGGAAGUCGACUGAGCCAGAGGGAUUUUCCCCAUUCUAUACCCCCAUUGGCUUCUUCCCGAUUAUCCACUCUUUUCCCAAAGUAUGCACUUUCUGUCAUGGAUCAGAAUUUGAUUGGUGUAAUUAUUGGCUAAAGGGAGUUUCCACCAUUGUUAAAUCCAUAACGGUAAGGGGUGGGAAAGGGUGGAUAAUUGGGAUGUAGCCCUCCUCUAACCCUAACCUCUAACCCCUAGAGAAGUUUCAACUCAGGGCAAUGUAUUGCUAUUAUUGCAUGCCCAAUGAAACGUUGAUUUUGCACAAAGAAACAUGUACAUAGAAAUAUAGAUGACUAUCUUCCAGAGCCAUAGGAUAUGAGGGAAACUGUUAAUCUCAAGCCCCAUUCCUUCUUUUGAAUUAUACAUUGAUAUGAUAUAAGAAUGCAUAUGAAAGUACAGUAUUUGGGUGUUUAUAGGAAUGUAAAAAAUAGAAAAAUCAGUUGAAUUAAACAUUAUUUACUUUAUUUUUUAUUGUAAGAAUAAUGAUGAUGAGACGGUCUACUCUUGAUGUAGCCUAUACUGUCUGAUCCAAGUAAUGUUUACAUAAAGCAACAUUGCCAAAGAUGUCAACAUUCCAGACCUCCAGAACUUUUGUCCUCAGUUGAUCCAGAGGUGGUCCUCUGUAGCUCAAUUGGUAGAGCAUGGCGCUUGUAACGCCAGGGUAGUGGGUUCGAUCCCCGGGACCACCCAUACGUAAAAAUGUAUGCACACAUGACUGUAAGUCGCUUUGGAUAAAAGCGUCUGCUAAAUGGCAUAUUAUAUUAUUAUAUAAAGGUGGAAUAACUAUAUUUUUAAACCAUGACUGGACCAAACACUGGGGCAGCUACUGUAGCCUAUGUAUACUGUAUGGAAGUGCUUCUAUUCUGACUGCUAUAUGGUCACACUGUCAUUCUCUGUGUGUCUAUUCAUCAGAAUGUCUGCGUUAUUUGUUUAAUAAGAAUAAUGAAACACAUUCCAUGUUAUGAUUAUAGUGUUCAAUGAUUUAGACAGCUUUGUGACUGUUUGAUUUUUGUUUAAAUAUUAAUUUAUUUAAUAAAAAAAUUGGUCUAC